AUGGGGAGGUGGUGGCACGAGUCCGGAACACCUGUGGGGUCCUCAGGCCGUGUGUGGGCGUCUCAGGAGGCGCUGCACAUCCUGGGGGCGCGCCCGGAGGACGCCGGCAGGUGGGAGUGUCGAGUAAACAACGCCUUCGGGGAGCAGCGGGUGCACGCCUCGCUACAGGUCACCGCGCCGCUAGCAGUACACGUCACGCCGCACCUGCUGGUGGUGAACUCCGGCGAGCCGGCGACGUUCAACUGCUCGGUGUCGGGCUCCCCCGUGGUCGGCGUGGAGUGGCUGCACAACGCGGAGCCGCUGGCCGCCGGCCGCGCGCGCCUCCUGUCGCCGCUGGUUCUGCACGUCGGCGCCGCGACGCGCUCCCACCGCGGCGUCUACCAGUGCGUCGCCAGGGGGGACGACGACAGCGCGCAGGCCGGGGCAGAGCUGCGGCUCGGAGACACGGUGCCGGAGCUACAGUGGACGUUCGUGGAGCAGGCGCUGAGUCCAGGACCGCCGGUGUCGCUGCGGUGCUCCGCCGCUGGAAGUCCGCCCCCACAGUUCACCUGGUAUCUCGAUGGACGGCCUCUUACCGCCGCACGUCUCGGCCACAGGUAUACGAUUGGCCAGUACGUGGACCAAGCUGGUGACGUCAUCAGUCACGUGAACAUCUCAUCGGUGCGCAUACAGGAUGGCGGCUUGUACACGUGCAAGGCCAGCAACUCAAUGGGUGCCGUGUCCUACGAGGCCAGACUCAAUAUUUACGGCCCGCCGUACGUGCGCCAGGUGGGGGAGCCGGUGCGCGCCGUGGCGGCCGCCGACGCGACGCUGCGCUGCCCGUACGCCGGCCACCCCGUCAGCGGCGUCUCCUGGGAGCGCCGCGGCGCCCCACUCACCGCAGACCUGCGCCACGAGCUGCGCGACGGCGGCGCCGCACUGCACAUCCUGCGCGUCGACCCGGCGGCCGACGCGGGCGCCUACGUCUGCAAAGUGCGCGGCGCCGCCGGCGAGGUCGCCAGCGGCGAGCUGCUGCUGGCCGUCACCAGUCCUCCAGUGCUGGAGCCCAUCUUCUUCCCGGCUAACAUCCAGGAGGGGGCGAGGGCACAGCUCAGCUGCACCGUCUCGUCAGGAGAUCUGCCCAUACGCUUCUCAUGGCUCAAGGACAGCGCGCCCAUUCCCAAGUCUUUACAGGUGAGUGAGAAAGAGGUGAGCGAGUUCAUCAGCCUCCUGGUGUUCAGCAAAGUUUCCUCGCAGCACAGUGGUACCUACACGUGCGUCGUUUCCAACAACGCAGCCAGCACCAACCACUCGGCCCAGCUGCAGGUCAAAGUGGCGCCGCAGUGGCUGAUGGAGCCCAGGGACACCUCGGUUCUGGCGGGCAACCGGCUCUCCGUCCACUGCCAGGCGCAUGGGUUUCCUCAGCCUGCCGUCACCUGGCUACGCGGACAUGAUGGCAAAGCAUUUGACUUCCAACCUUUGGACAACCUGAUGUCUGGUGCAGUUGUCAUGGCAAAUGGGACACUGUCUAUUCCAUCUGCAUCAUCAGAUGAUGAGGGAUUUUACCUCUGUCAGGCAGACAAUGGAAUAGGUGCUGGACUCAGCAAAGCUGUGCAGAUAUCAGUAAAUGAGCCAGUAAGAUUUGAUGUUAUGGAGAAAAACGUAGCAGCCAGGCGUGGGGAAGAAGUGGCCCUCAAGUGUGACAUCAGAGGUGAUCAUCCCAUCAAAGUGGAUUGGCUCUACAAUGGACAGAGAAUACAUCCCAACUAUAGGACAAGUGUAGCUGAUGUGAAGACUGACACAGGGCUACAGUCUCAGCUUGUUAUCAGUCAAUCUGAUCGGCAGGACUCAGGGCUAUAUACAUGCCAAGCUGGCAAUAUGUUUGGGCAUGGUGAACUGCUGAUCAAUCUGGCCAUUCAGGAACCACCUGAUCCUCCACUUGAUGUGGAAGUGACAGAGGUUAACAGCAGAUCUAUUCGCUUGUCAUGGCAACCUCCAUUUGAUGGCCAUAGUGCCUUGACAAGUUAUUUAAUACAAUACAAGAGAGGAACUAGUCUUAUCAGUGACUGGCAACACUCUGGAACUGUCAACAUUUCUGUCCCAGCCUCAGGAACUGAUUUUACAAGUAAGAAAUCAGAUUCCAUAAAAACAGCAGUAAUAAGUGAUUUGCAUCCUGCCACCACAUACCACAUAAGAAUGCUUGCAAUGAAUACUAUUGAGGCCAGCAUCUUCACUGAACCCCUGAUUGUUAAGACACAAGAAGAAGCUCCAGUUGGGCCUCCACAGGAUGUGAGAGCAGAAACCAUUGGUCCAGAUGAACUGCUUAUAACAUGGAAGCCACCACUACCAGAUACAUGGAAUGGUGAAAUUGUGGGAUACACAGUUCACUGGAGUCUUCAUGGAGCUUCAUUUUCUGAUAGCAACAACACAAAUACAAGUUCGGUUAGAGGGCUCCAAAAUACAGAGAUAAGACUGAAACAACUGAAGAAAUUUACAAAAUAUGACAUUUAUGUUCAAGCCUUCAACAGUGUGGGACAUGGACCAAAAUCAUCUCCUUUCACUGUCACAACGCAAGAAGGAGUUCCAGAGGCUGCACCUCAGAAUGUAACAUGCUCUCCAUUGUCUUCAAAGAGUGUGAAAGUUAAGUGGUUACCACCACCUACACAGUACCAUGGAGGAGUUAUUCAAGGUUAUAAAGUCAUUUACAGACCAGUUAUUACUGACUCAACUCUGCAGAUAGCUGGCAGUGAAGUGAAGAGAACAGCCAGUCUGGAAACAUAUCUACAUGGCCUUCUAAAGUUUACAAAUUACUCUGUGAGACUGUUGGCAUACACAAACGUUGGUGAUGGUGUUCUGAGUACAGCAGUCUUCUGUAUUACUGAACAAGAUGUUCCUGGACCGCCAGCAGCCAUAAAAGCUCAUUCCCUAACUUCUGAUUCCAUUCUGGUUUCAUGGCUGCCACCUGAACACCCAAAUGGAGUACUCACGCAAUACACCAUUUACUACAGUGAGAAACAUGGAGCGCAAAAGGUCAGCUGUUCGUAUCCAGUACGACAUCAGAUAGGAGUUACCUCAAACACACAUGAAGUGCGAGGGUUGAAAGAACUUCAGCAGUAUGAGUUCUGGGUAACUGCCUCCACAACUGCUGGAGAAGGAGACAGUACAAGGCCAGUUCUUCAGGCACCAAAUUCAAGAGCUCCAGCCCGUAUUGCAUCAUUUUCUCAAGUUUUACAUCAAGCACUAAAAUCAAGAGUAACUUUACCAUGCAUGGCUGUUGGGAACCCUACACCUAGUGUCCACUGGUUUUAUGGAAAUAAUCCUGUCAGAUCUAAUUCAGUAUACAGUAUAUCACAAGAUUUAUUACAUAUUGCAAAGCUGGAAAAGAGAAAUGGAGGAAAUUACUCAUGCACAGCAAAGAACUUAUUUGGUGAAGAUAGAAUUACUUACCACAUUAUUGUUCUCACAGCCCCUGAGCCUCCAUAUCUUGAAGUUCUACAUUCAGAUUAUGAUAGCUUGGAACUGCGAUGGACGUCCCCCAGAGAUGGAGGCACUCCAGUGUUAGGUUACACGCUGAAUUAUAAGAAGGACCAUGGAACAUGGCAGGAGGUCCAGAUGGAUGUCGAAAAGAAUUCCCAUAAAUUAAACGACAUAGACUGUGGUGCGACAUACCAUGCAUAUAUCACAGCAUGGAACAGAAUUGGUAACAGUCAUCCUAGUGCUACAGUCACUGCCAGAACUAAGGGGACUGAGCCACAGAUCCCGAAUUCAAAUGAAAUUUUGUCAAGAAAUGCUACUUCUUUAUACCUGCAUCUGCCUUCCUGGCCAGAUGGAGGUUGUCCCAUGCUGUAUUUUGUUAUUGAGUAUCGUGUUUUGGGUAGCGCCAGUGAGUGGAUUUUGGUAGAUAACAAUGCAGCUAGUAAAAAUGUCCUAAUUGGGGAUCUACAGCCUGGAACCUGGUACCAACUGAGAAUCACAGCUCACAAUAAUGCUGGAUCAGUGAGAGUGAAUUUCAAGAUUGCCACAACAACUAUAACAGGAGCGACUGUAUCUCCAAUUCAAGAAAGUCAAACACACACAGUUCACUUCUAUGAAGAUGUGUAUAUAAUAGUGCCAUCAGUGUGCUCAGCAAUCUUGUUGCUCUGUGCUGCCUCUCUUGCAUACAUCACAGCCCAUAAAAGGCACUGUCAAGAAAAUCCAGAAUUUAAAACAGGCCAAGGUGCACCAGAAAGUCCAAAUUCUUGCAAAGCAGCUGCUGAAAUGGACAAUAAAAGAAAUUUUCAGCAGAUAUAUUCAUCAUCACCCACAAAAAUGGAUGACUGUCAAGCUGUGAGUCAUCCAGACACUUCUUCUGAGCACUAUGAGAUGAGUCCAUAUGCCACAUUUGCAGUAUCAUCAGAUUCACCUAAAACAAUGAAUGCAAUGAUACUAGACUACACCAUGCAGUUCAAAACAUUUGGUCAUUCUGAAAAUGACAGUGGCAUACAACAUGAAUGUGUUCAUCAAAUCAACAAGAAACGGCAGCGAAAAGGACCAGACGCAGGGAGCGGCCAUGAAUCAGUACUGUCAUCCAGUCUGCGCAGACAUAUCAACAUGAAGCAGCAUCACAGAAAGCCCAGCACAUGUCAUAACUCAGAAUCUGACACAAGUGGUAGCCCAUCAGCAGUAAGCAGCUAUAGGGUACCUACAAAACCGGCUGCUUCUAGGAGUCUUGAAAUUUAUCAACUUGACUCUAGUACUGAGUCAAAUGAGACUUCACCUCUUCCCCAAAGAAGGCAGAUGCCCCUCCAGCCUAUGUGCUCUAGCAAGACAGCACUGCAGAUGCACACCAGGAGAGGCUCCAGUUCUGCCGAGGACGAGAGCAGCUUCUCGAGCUAUCAACUGCAGCCCCCCUGCGGAUUUUCAGACAGUCGUGAAUUAAGUGAAGCUGAAUGUGAUAGAGAUGCCAGUGAACUAGAUAAACUUCUUGCCAGAUUUCAUCAACAGAAAAGACAAGAGAGGCUGCAACACAUAAUUCAUGUCUGAGUUUGCCAACUAUCAAGGAGACUCCAUGUUUCAGAAUGCUAUCAUCUGCAUGGAGUGAUACACAGCUGUGUCAUUCACAAACAACACUUUUCUUCUUUUACCCUCGGGCAUGAAAACUGAAAUCGAUCAUUUACAGUGAUGCGUAUUCCCAGAAAGGAAAAUAAAUAAAUAAAGUGUAUCGUUCUGUGAAGCAAGAGAAGUCACUCAUGUGCAUAAAAAAAAUUUCCUAAUGACAUUUACAGUGUAACUAUUCAGAAAAUUAUUUUGGGGGAAACGUGUUGAUCAGCAUGACAUUACAAAUUUUAAAGCCACUGUGCUAGGAAAUAUUUUAUGAGAAACUACU